CACACCUUAACUGCUACAGAGGAAGUCACUGAUCUCUCUCAUACUGAAAAUGCUCGUCCUGUUGGUGUCCACACUGCUGUCCUCAGUUUCCAGAGCUGAGGAGUCUUUGUUUGUGCGUGAGGGAGGCUCUGUUCGUCUGGAUGUGCAGGGAUAUGAAGAAUUACAGUUUCUCGAGUUUCUGUGGACUGUUAAUGGCACUACAGCUGUACUGGGAUACAUUCUUCAGUCUAAAUAUCUGGAAACAUUUGGAGAUUAUAAAACCAGGACAGAAUUUGAUGAGAAGAACUUCUCUCUGCUGCUGAAGAACAUGCAGGAGAGACACAGUGGAAUCUACACAGCAACAACAAUUAACCAUAAAGGACAACAAAGCGAUGUUGCUACCUACAGGGUCACAGUUCAAGAGGCCCUGCCCACACCCCAGGUGGAAGUGGCGUUACUCUCUUCUGCUGGAGGGUUCUGUAACAUGUCAGUGAACUGCUCUGCUAAAGACACCUGGGCCAGCUACACCUGUGACCACGCCCACUGCACACAGGUAGCAAAUACAACCUCGCUGACAGGAGUCAACAUCACCGCUACGGCAACCAACGGGACCGUCCACUGCCACAGCAGUAACCGGGUCGACACAGAGACGCAGUCAGAAUCCACAAAGGACCUCUGUCCAGUUCCUCCAGUAACACCAUCUCCUGGCCUCUCGCUGUGUACACUAAAGUCAGUGCUGUUCUCCUUGGGUCUGGUUGCCAUGGUUUCAGCUGUCAUCGCAGUUAAUAUUAGAGAGAGGUGCUGCAGAGAUCACUAAGGACUGAGAGGACUGAGCAUAAAUCUGCCGGGGAAGGGGAGGGAGAAAUUCAUAUCUGAAAUAACUGUGUGUGUGCGUGUGUAUUAAAAUUGAGGAAAUUA